CUCCUGUCAGUGCGUCCUGCCAGCUGCAGCCAUGUUGGAAAAGCUCGGGCUCCAGCACCAGCAGCAGCAGCAGCAGCAGGAGCAGCAGUGCUAAGAGCUAGCGUCAGUAGACACCGACAACCGGUCACGGCGCUGUUGUGGACAAAAACAGACAGGGAGAGAGACUCAUAACGGAGAGAUACAGCCACCGAGCCGGUUCUGAUAUCAACGUGUGUAUGUGUGAAAUUCAGACACACUAGCCGGAAAAGGCGCUCGGUUACAGGGAGUAGGUGCGGCCGGGCUCCAGGGCUAAAGCGGACAUUUCAUCAUACUACGCCGAAUAUGACGGCCAGUUAGCCCCAGCAGGAGGAUUUGAAUCAGGCAUGGCAUCGUCUUCCUACUUGGAGCCUAACCUCAAUCACUCCGCAGCGGGUGGUUGUGGGGUUAAAUCCCGGUCUGGGAUGCCUGGUGGUCCUGGUGUUGGUACAAGCAGCUCUGCUGGAGGCCUUGAGCGGCCCCCAGGCUCCAUGGACCGGGUUCUCAAGAUCUUCCAUUACUUUGAGACAAAUAGUGAACCAUGUACCUGGGCUAGUAAUAUCAGGCAUGGGGAUGCUACAGAUGUCAGGGGUGUUAUCCAGAAGAUAGCAGAGAUCCACAAAUUGCGCUGUGUUUCCUCCCUGGGCCUCCGUCUCAACCAUCUGCACUCUGACGCUCUCCACUGGUUACACCCUGAUUUGGGCGUGUCUCACGUCAGGGAGAAAUAUGAGAAACAGCACCCCCAGGAGGAAUGGAGGUAUGAGUUACGGAUGCGUUACCUUCCUAAAGGUUACCUCAGCCAUUUCUCUGAAGACAAACCUUCUCUGAACUACCUCUAUCACCAGGUAAAGAGUGACUACAUGCAACAUAUAGCAGAUCAGGUGGAUCAAGAUGUUGCUUUGAAACUGGGCUGUUUGGAAAUUAGGAGGUUCUUCAGAGAGAUGCCAGGCAACGCCCUGGAUAAGAAAUCCAACUAUGAACUUCUAGAGAAAGAUGUUGGUCUGAGAAGGUUCUUCCCCAAAAGCCUGCUGGACUCUCUCAAGGCAAAGACUCUUCGUAAGCAGAUCCAACAGACCUUUAAGCAGUUCGCUAACCUCAAUGAUGAGCAGAGCAUCCACAAGUUCUUUGAGAUACUCUCUCCCAUCUACCGCUUCGACAAGGAGUGCUUCAAAUGUGCUUUAGGGUCUAGUUGGGUAAUAUCAGUAGAGUUAGCUAUCGGACCAGAGGAAGGAAUAAGCUACCUCACAGAUAAGGGCUCAACGCCUACACACUUAGCUAACUUUAACCAGGUUCAGUCAAUCCAGUACUCUGCUUUGGAAGAGAAGGACAGGAAAGGCAUGCUGCAGCUCAAUGUAGCGGGAGCUCCAGAGCCUCUCACAGUCACCACGGCAUCACUGACUACAGCAGAAAACAUGGCCGACUUGAUUGACGGAUACUGUCGACUCGUCUCCUCAGCUACUCACUCCUUCAUCGUCAGAGUCCACAAAGAGGGGGACAGAGCUCUGCCUUCUAUACCCAAAGUUUCAAAUCAUGAGAAGCGGAUGGAAAAGCGGAUGGACGGAGUACGGACCAGAGCUGUUUGUAUCUCAGGUCAUACUAGUGGCGAUGAAACAGACGACUAUGCUGAGAUCAUAGAUGAGGAGGACACCUACACCAUGCCUUCAACACGGGACUAUGAGAUCCAGAGGGAUCGUAUUGAGUUGGGACGCUGCAUAGGUGAGGGUCAGUUUGGAGAUGUCCACCAAGGAGUCUACAUCAGCACGGAGAACCCGGCUCUUUCUGUGGCAGUGAAGACGUGUAAGAACUCAACGUCAGACAGCGUCAGGGAAAAGUUUCUCCAAGAAGCAUUGACCAUGCGUCAGUUUGACCAUCCUCACAUUGUGAAGCUGAUGGGAGUUAUCACAGAAAAUCCAGUCUGGAUCAUAAUGGAGCUCUGCACACUUGGAGAGUUACGGUCGUUUCUCCAGGUGAGGAAGUACAGUCUAGACCUGGCUACUCUCAUCUUGUACUCCUACCAGCUCAGCACGGCACUGGCCUAUCUGGAGAGCAAACGCUUUGUACACAGGGACAUUGCAGCACGGAACGUGUUGGUGUCUACAGUCGACUGUGUGAAACUGGGGGACUUCGGUCUGUCGCGAUACAUGGAAGAUAGCUCUUAUUACAAAGCAUCUAAGGGUAAACUGCCUAUUAAAUGGAUGGCUCCAGAAUCCAUCAACUUCAGACGGUUUACCACAGCCAGUGAUGUCUGGAUGUUUGGUGUCUGUAUGUGGGAGAUUCUAAUGUACGGCAUCAAGCCUUUCCAGGGUGUGAAGAACAACGAUGUCAUUGGCAGGAUAGAAAACGGCGAGCGACUGGCGAUGCCCCCUCAGUGUCCUCCUACUCUUUACAGCUUGAUGACAAAGUGUUGGUCUUAUGAUCCCAGCAAGAGGCCGCGCUUCAAUGAACUCAAAACACAACUGAGCACUAUAUUAGAGGAGGAAAAGGUCCAGCAGAAGGAGAGGAAUAGGAUGGAGAUGAGGAGACAGGUCACUGUUUCUUGGGACUCUGGAGGGUCUGAUGAAGCACCACCAAAGCCAAGUAGACCAGGCUAUCCCAGUCCCCGCUCAAGUGAAGGUUUUUACCCCAGUCCCCAGCACCCUGGACACUACCAGAUGACAGGGUACCCCGGCCCUCACACCCUCCCCUCUGUGCCCAGUGCCCUGUACCCCCCACAGGCAACAAUGCUGGACACACACCACGCGCACACACACCCCCGCCACCACGUCCACACACACUCACAUGCACAGCACCUUCCCCAGCCUCAUGGACACGACAUGGCGCUAUGGGGCUCUGCAAUGGAGGACAGGGCAGUAGACAUGGAGCAGUGUGUAGGCCAGCAGUGCCUGUUAAUGGAGGAACAGCUGAUGAUACAACAGCAGCAGAUGGAGGAGGAUCAGAGGUGGCUGGAACAGGAGGAAAGGCUGCUGAAACCAGACACCAGAAGUUCUAGAGGGAGUCUGGACAGAGAAGAAGGUGGACUUCAACCACCGACAGGAAACCAGCACAUAUACCAGCCCGUUGGCAAACCAGAACAUGCAGCUCCCCCAAAGAAGCCCCCUCGACCUGGGGCCCAGAGCCAGGUGGGCAGUCUGGCCUGUCUAAAUACUGGAGACAGUUACAAUGACGGAGUCAAGCUGCAGCCCCAAGAGAUAAGCCCACCUCCCACCGCCAAUCUGGACCGCUCUAAUGACAAGGUGUACGAGAACGUGACAGGAUUGGUCAAAGCUGUGAUCGAGAUGUCAAGCAAGAUUCAGCCAGCUCCUCCCGAGGAAUACGUUCCUAUGGUAAAGGAUGUGGGUCUGGCAUUGAGGACAUUACUGGCCACAGUGGAUGAGACAUUACCACAACUUCCAGCCAGUACACACAGAGAGAUUGAGAUGGCACAAAAGCUGUUGAACUCUGACCUGGCAGAGCUAAUUGGGAAGAUGAAGUUAGCCCAACAAUAUGUGAUGACCAGUCUCCAGCAGGACUAUAAGAAACAGAUGCUUACGGCGGCUCACGCUCUUGCAGUUGAUGCCAAGAACCUGCUGGAUGUCAUCGACCAAUCCCGGCUCAAGAUGAUGGCCCAGUCCCGCCCACACUAGCCAGCUGAGCCGACCCACAGGAGCUGGUCUGCUAUUUGAGAGACGGCAUCGUUCUGGUUUCUGUUGGCAGUGGAGAAUAAAAGACUCCUGGAUUAGUGACGUCAGUCGUGACUCCUGAUAUGUGAGAGUUGACGGAGAAAACAAGAUGAUGGCUCUGAGACUUUGACAACAGUCCGUGAAGAAUCAUUAGAUGUUGAAUCCUACGUAAACCGAGGCAGUCAGUUCAUCUGGGAUUAAACUCUCCACCACUGUGACUUUCUUAAUACAAGUACAGAGCAAAAACUCUUCCUGAAUCAGGGACUUGGCAGCUUCACUCUCUUUGGACUGGAAAAUAAUGAUGAGAGGAAGAGAGGUCUAUACUGGUGAUUUUUAAACUGUGAGUCUGGAUGAGCCUAAUUCCUGAGGUCAGAGGUUUCAAAGGCUUAAAAAGCCUCUGACAGAAACACUAUCAAGCGAGCGAUUGGUUCUGGAUUUGUUGGUAUCAGAUGGAUUAGUCUUUGUAGGAAUACAACUUUCAAGCAAAGCCAUCAGAACCGGAUCGGACUGCGUUUGAUCUGCAACAUAUCUGCAUGAAACUUCACAGUGUGAAUGGGCGUGGACAUCAGCCAGCAGCCAUGUCAGUACAUUUGUUGUCAUUGUGUGUUUUGACCCCUGGAUGUGAGCUUCCUCCUCAGUUGAAAUACUUCCACAUCACCAUGGAUGCUUGUCAAUGGGCAGAUCAGACCGGAUGAUUUCUGUUCAGCUUUGGUCAUGUGCGGUGCUUUUCGGUGGAUGCCCCAGCAGGAAAACUCACGGCAAAGACGGUCUCAGUUAAGUCUGGAGAAGCAGCCUCCCACCCUCCAUCGCUCCUCCCUUCUCCCUCCUCCAUCCAUCCAUUCCCGUCUUCCCUCUGUCUCACCAGCUUUUAUUUAUAGACACAGAAAUUGCAGAGGAGGUGUGGGAGGGAGAGACAGGAAGAGCGGAUAAAAAUUGAGGACAGCACAGCGCCAGUCCACUGCCUGAAGAAAGAAGACACUAUCCUCCUCUUUCCUUUCUAUUUCACUCACUUUUCAUUGUCACUGCUCCUCUCCUUCCUGCAGUCUUCCUCAGCUCCUAUCUGAGCAGGUUUUAAAGACUCCAAAUGUGAAGAAUCCAACUCUGUCUGGGUAAACACAGCAGACAGGAAAUUCCCUAGUCACACUCAGUUUAGUCUAGCCGUUUUAAUCAGCUGGCUCCACGUUUUUUGUGUCGUUUUCAGCAGUCGCAGUCUUCUUCCUUGAUACUGAAAACUGUUUGUAACUUGGAAUACAAGCAGAUAUUCAAUCCCAGCAUUGACUCUGAUGAGCAAAGUGGAAAAGAAAACAGAACGUGGAUUUUGAGGAUUCAGUCUGAGUGACUGGAUACCUCCAAUUCGUCUGCGAGGAAGAGGAGGACAUCAUGUCUCAGACUGGUCACUGAACUCAACUUAAACUAUUUCUGUGAGGACAGUGUCUCCUCCUCUGUUUUUCUCCUCACCUACAGUUCCAGUAUCGUUCGGUUGUUCCUCACCUUAGACUGGUGUCACACCUUUAACGACCCCUUACCCACCGAUGUCACAAAUUGAAUUUCCCGGGGACACAAACACACCACACAACUGGAACCUUUGUGCUUUGAGUCCCAAUUUCUGUCAGGUGUAACACUUUAAAAAUGUCCCUCCUAACAACAGUCCCCAAGGAAACAAACACAAACACAUGAAAUGUGGAGUCACAUGACUGGAACUUGUCUUGCAGACACGAAACACUGAACUGAAAAUACAGCAGAUUACAUGCGUCUUUGUUAAUCCUGAUCCCACAUGGAGUAUGACAUACUGCUAUAUGAAAUAUACUGGUGACUGUGCUAGUAUAGCAUGAUAUACUGGUAUGGAAAAGAGCAUAUUUGCACAGCAAAAAGCAAUUUUUUUUUACCCUAUUUUACCCAGAUUUGAUUUCCAUGUUUAGCCAGCAAUGACACUAUGAAAUAUCUGGGUGUUAUAGGGAUAAAAAAUGUAAAAAAAAAAAAAAAAAUGUAAGAACAUCUAUUUUAUCUCCUUGUUGUUGCGUAAAUCUGCUCAUGUUGGUAUAUUGUAAGCUAUACUGGUGUGUAUCACUGGUGAAUUGUACAGAACUCGUAAACACUGGUUUUUAUUUUGUCUUCUGGGCUAAAUCAGCCAUCUUGUCAAAUAGGAGGGAAAAAAAAAAACAAUGAAAUAAAAUAAUGAUGAAAUGGAAAUCAAUCUGUCCACAUUCUUAUCCAUGAUAGAGAGAUUUAAUUUUUAAAAAAAAAUUCCUUUCAGGUUUUAUAUCUCCAGCAUACAGGGGUACUGAGUUUUUAUUUUGUGUGAAUGUUGGUGUUGGCAGGGAGGCUCCAUGCUGUGGUCCAUUUCAUUUCCCAUUUAAAAUUAAAAAAAAAAAAAAAAA